GAAGUUCUCAGAAUUAGAAAUGAGCAUCCUGGUGAUGCUUCUGUAAUGAAAAAUGAUAGAGUGAAAGGUUCCCUAAAAGUCACUCGAGCUUUCGGGGCAGGCUAUCUCAAAGAGCCCAAAUGGAACAAUGCAGUACUAGAGAUGUUCAGAAUUGACUAUAUUGGAAAUUCCCCUUACAUCAACUGUUUACCAUCACUUUACCACCAUAAGCUUGGCCCUAGAGAUAGAUUUUUGAUCUUAUCUUCUGAUGGACUUUACCAAUAUUUCACCAAUGAAGAAGCAGUCUCUGAAGUUGAAAACUUCAUGUCUAUAUUCCCUGAGGGAGAUCCAUCUCAACAUCUUGUUGAACAAGUGUUAUUCAGAGCUGCUAAGAAAGCUGGCAUGAAUUUCCAUGAGUUACUUGACAUACCACCUGGAGAUCGUCGACAAUACCAUGAUGAUGUCUCAAUUAUCAUUGUUUCCUUCCAAGGGAAGAUAUGGCGAUCAUGUGUCUAAAUCAGCUAUACUAAGAGAAAUUUUGAACUUUUACCCUCCGAAAAGAAAGGAAAUACAGUACUAUAUAGGAAAGAUCAAUAUUUUUUGCUGUUAACAUUUGUUAUCCCAUUAUGGCUCUUUUGCAUAACAUUGAGGCUAAGACUUCUUAUUACUAAUU